AUGGACGCCCUCACUGCUUCUCUGGAUGCUUUGAUCACUAAUCCCGAGCUUGCACCGCUUCUGUCUCUCCUGAAAGGCAUUCGCAAUGGUGCUGUUUACGGGGCCAAGGUCCGCUUUCCGCAUGCUCUGGUGAUGAUUCUACUUUUUCGUUCAGGAACCUUCCGUGAGAAAGCUAAGCUUGUCCUUAAAGCUACCAGACAACAUGCUCGGAAUUUGGCCACCUUUGCACUGAUAUACAAGGGUUCGAUGAUUCUGCUGCGCAAUAUUAAACCCGUUGCUGUGGGCAAAGAAGGACGAUACGAUAGCUUCUUUGCUGGGCUAUUGGGAGGCUAUGCAGUCUUCGGCCGGCAUAAGACUAGCAUCACUCAGCAGAUUGUGAUUUAUAUCUUUGCUCGUGUGGUACUUGCGCUAGCCAAACUCGCCAUUCGUCCGGGAAUGCACCCGCUUUCCCCUUUAAUCACUCCGCAAACGCGAGCUCAGAUGGAGAUCAAUGCUUGGCCGGUUUUUGCCAGCUUGUCCUGGGCAUUUGUCAUGUACAUCUUCCGCUGGCAUCCCGACACAUUGAUGUCAAGUCUUAGGAGUAGCAUGGUGUAUAUUUACGCCGACUCUGACCACUGGGACUCGUUCCGAAAUUUUCUGAUUCACAACAAAUAA